AUGUCGCGCGGAUGCGAGUGGCGGUGGGGGCCAUCCGACUCCGCGACUCUUCGCCGCUCGACCUGUCGAAGUCGCGCGCUCCGCCACCACGGCGGGAGGAGGACACUGAGAGUCACACACGGGCAAAGUUCCAUUUGGCAUUUGGGCAUUUGGCAUUUGGCCUCGAGAGCUUUUCCUCAUCCAUUUUUUCCCGCAAGAAAGUCACUUUCCAACGCCGUCAUGAGCCUCGCCCGGGCGACGACCGCGGAGAUCUGGUCGCCCCGGCCUCCCGCCACCGUUCGGCGGCCCUCCUCGCGCCGCAUCGCGCGCGCGCCGGUACCCCGCGCCGCCGCGGAGGAGCGCGCCGCGAGCGUCGUCCCGACGCUGGAGGAUGCCACGCGCGACGCCGUCCCACUCGCGGAGGCGAUCGGACCCAGCGGACCCCCGGGAGCGGCGGUGUUCGCGCUGCUCGUGAACGGCGGGACGCGCGUGCACUACGUGGGCGUCGCGAAGGACGCGUCGCGGGCGCUCGCGGCGGCCGCGAGCGCCACGGUCGCGGCGGACGCGAUGGGAGACGUCGCGGUGGCGUGGGCGAACCUGCCGAAGUCGUCUCGGAAACCCGCGCUCCAGGCGGCGUGGAGGUCGUGGCUCGGCGGGGUGGGGUACGCUCCGGAGGGUAACGCGAUGGCGGCCCGCGCCGCCGCCGAACCUCCGACGUCCCCAUCCCCCUCGUCCCCAUCCCCCUCGUCCCCAUCCCGCUCGUCCCCAUCCCGCUCGUCCCCGUCAUCCCCAGACGAAGCCGCCGUGGAAAUCGCCUACGCCGCGGUGUCCAAGGAAGCCGUCGCGUCGCUGUGCGACGACGGCUUCGUGGUGCUGGACGACGUCCUCCCCGCGGACGUCCUCGCGGCGUGCCUGGACGCCGCGAACGCUCUCAAACGGUCGCGCAAGACGGUGAACGUCGGGCAGGAGGGACGCGACGAUUCCAUCGCCGUGCUCGCGGGCGACGCGUUACCGGCGGAGGGAACCGCGCUGGCCGGCUUGUCGCCGUGCGCGAGGACGCUGCUCGCGGUGCCCGCCGCGCUGCGCAGGCGCCACGUGGAGAUGGCGGCCGAUGAGGAUGGGUCACUUGGAGAUGAGGAUGGGCGAUACGUCGGAACGGGACGGCGCUGGCGGGGGGCUAACCAGGGGGCUAACCCACCAGGCGAAUCGUCCGGCCGAGCCGAGGAAACCAUGCGCCGCCUGGCGACGGCGACCGCGCCGGACAAGUUGAUGCUCGCCAACUACCCCGGCGAUGGCGCUCGGUACGUGGCGCACCUCGACAACGACCCGGGGGACCCGAGGCACUCGGAGGGCGAGCCCGGUUUGCGCGCGAGCGACAGGGCGGUGACAGCGAUUUUGUACCUCAAUCCCGACUGGGAGGAAUCGCACGGGGGUUGCCUGCGGGUGCAUUUGGAGGGGACCGGGGCAAAAACGACGGUCGACGUGGCGCCCAGCGCGGGGCGGAUGGUGCUGUUCGACUGCAGGAGGAUCGUGCACGAGGUGCUGCCGUCGCACGCGUCGAGGUGGGCGAUGACGGCGUGGAUAAACGAUUGAUGA